GUGCCUGCUCUUUGCCGUGAGUGAGGUGAGGUGAGGUAUCCACUUGCCGAUUGAACUUCCACCGCGCUUCUUCUAUCAGGGUCUCUCCGUCGCGCAUCCAGAUUUACAUCCAAUAUCCAACCCAACCUUCACUCAGCCUUCAACGUGCUCAGUCACACUAUCCGCUAUUAUUACCUACCUUGAAACCGUUCAAAGCACAAUUUUCAACAGCCCCAGCGAUCGCUCUACUUUCAUUCGAACCUGGUCCCCUUCGUGGCUCGGAAUUCCUCAGCUCUCUCCAUCAUGGAUCUCGACAUUGAAAUGGACGAUGCCGUCCAGGAACCUCUCAUGGAAGAGCAGAUCUUAAACUCGACUGCCGACGAUAUCCUUCAACCCGACGAGCCAGAAGAAUUGGGCGAGGUUGUCGAAGAUCCCAUAGUUGACAAGAGCGACGAAGCGCGGACUAUAGUCCCGACAAAAGUACAUAUUCAAGGCCUCGACACAAUGAACACCGACGACAUAAAAAAAUACGUCAAGGCGCACUAUGGCGACACCGAUCGCGUCGAGUGGAUCGACGACUCGUCGGCCAACCUCAACUUUCCAUCAGAGUCCUCCGCACGCGAUGCCUUGAUCGCACUAUCGUCUAUUGCCAUUGCCGACCCGACAGCCCUCUCCAUCGGCGAGAGCCUGGUCGCCAAGCCCCUCGAGGGACGACCCGAGAUCUCUCUCCGGGUCCGUUACGCCGUCCUCUCCGACAAGAAGGCACCCGGCGCGGCCCAGCGCAGUCGCUUCUACCUUCUCAACCCCGAAUAUGAUCCCGAGGAGCGCAGGCGACACCAACAGCAGCGACGGUAUCGUGAUAGAGACCACCGUCGCAACGGCAGCCGUGGCCGGAGACGUGAUUCGAGAGAGGAGACGGGCAUCCGAUUCGAAGCAAGCAUGUACGACGAUGCGCCCAAGCCGCAGCGACGUCGCUCCUCAGAUUCCUCCGAGCACAACCGACCUGUUAACAGAGGCAAGGAGCUGUUUGCGAGCGGAGGGCGGAGCAGCAGGAGGAGAAAUGAUAGAUCCCUGUCCCCGCGACGGGACAAUGACGGCGACGACUCCAUGGGCGAGGGGCGGGCGAGCUCGCACGGGAACAGGGCUACGGCUCGAUCGCUCAAGGAGAGGAUAUCAAACGACCAUAACCGCUCGAAAGAGCUUUUCCCCACCAAGGCCUCUGGCCGUGGCGGUCAACUCGACCAGCUGGAGAGCGCCAUUGGAUCGGCCCACCUUAGAGAGGAGGACCGUCCGAGGGUAGUCGACGUACCGUCUGUACCGCGCAAAGGGGCCGACAGCUUCAACAUCCGCGGGUCAGCGACCCAACGAGGCGAAGCUGGCCAGGGUUUCAGCAUCCGGGGCUCUGCCGCCAAUGCAAAGGAGCUGUUCCCAUCCAAGUUGGGUGGUACCAACGCGGGCAAGGAGCUUUUGGAAGGACGGAAAAACAAGCCCAGACAGCGCGCAGAGGAUCUUUUCGGAUAGUGCACAACGCAAUAGCGCAGCGAGAGUUUCGCAGAGCCACUUUGUCUACCAAAAAUUAAGGAGUUCACAGUGGCUGGGUGUGGGCGGUAUGCAUAUUAUAGAUGAUACCAGGCGUUUGUUACUGCGAGCAGGUUAGGCCAGGUCACAGAAGCUCUAUGAAAUCGAUCUUUUUCUUGAAGUAGUGCCCCGCUGAUCGAUGG